AUGAGUUUUAAUACAGCCAACACUCCUCAUCAAGUAACCAAUAGAGUCAUGAUGAUAAGACCUAAAGCUUUCGGCUACAAUUCAGAGACAGCUGUUGACAAUGCAUUUCAGAUCAGCUCGAUCAAUAAUUGUAGCUCUUCUGAGGCCUCGGCUCAAGCUGUGAGAGAAUUUGACGAUCUUUCCCACCUCCUUUCCUCUAAUGGGAUUGAAGUGAACAUUGAAGCAGACACCGAUAGCCCAGAAACUCCCGAUGCUGUUUUCCCAAAUAAUUGGAUAUCAUUUCACUCCUCCACAGAAAUUAAACUACAAACUACCUCCACUAUCAUAAUCUACCCUAUGAUGUCCAUACUCAGAAGACAAGAGAGACGCCAGGACUUGAUAGACAAAUGGACACGGUCCCUAAAUGCUAGCAUUAUAGACUUGAGUAGCUUUGAAAGUAGCGGCCAAUACCUUGAGGGUACAGGCAGUAUGGUAUUGGACAGGGUACACAGGGUCGCCUAUGCUUGUGUAUCUGGUCGGACUGACAUUGAAAUGAUUGAAAAGUUUUGCAGCAUCACUGGUUACAAGUCUGUUACAUUUCGUGCAUGCCACAAAUCCUUAAAUGGAGAUCUUGUCCCAAUAUACCACACUAACGUUAUGAUGAUGAUCGGCAAAACGAUCUCUCUGAUUUGCUUAGAGGCUAUACAAGAUUCUGAGGAGAAAGAGCGUGUAAUGAAAAGUCUUGGAGCUUCCGGUCGUACUAUUGUUACAGUGACAGUAUCUCAGAUGAAUGAUUUUCUCUGUAAUGCAUUGGAGCUAAGCAAUCAAGAUGGAAAAAGGUUUCUGGUCAUGUCUACAAAAGCUUAUAAUGCAAUGGACGGAAAUCAAAAGAGGAUUUUGACUGAAGAGAAUGAGCUAGAGUUGGUUCAUUGUUCUGUCGAUACUAUUGAGUCCUUGGGGGGAGGCGGAGUUAGAUGCAUGAUAGCGGAAAUAUUUCCGCCAAAAUGA